UUCAAGAUGUUUUUUAAGACUUUGAUUUUAACAUUGUUCGUGGCCUGUGUACUUGGCGACCAGCCUGACAAGCGAAGUGUGGGUUGGGAUGCUCCUGCAGGAUGGGUUCCAGGACUGCUGCAAGUUUCAGGAGUGAAAGCCUUACACACUGCGCCAGCUGACACCAGUUCAGACGUAGCCGGCGCUGUCGCGGCGGCGAAGGCUGCGGCAUCAGCAGUCAUGGCUGCUCAGCGACAGGUGGCCGCCGCUAGACACGCCGCCCUCGAGCAACAGAGCAUCGCCAGUGUGAAGGAGGCUGAAGCGGCGCAUGAAGCUCAUAAGAGUGAGGAAAUAGCCCGCGCUGCCCGUGCUCACGCCCUGGAAGCGGCCCAAGCGGCCAUCCAUGCGCAGGCGCAGCUCGCUGCGGCGAAAGCACGCGUCGCCACCGCGCAGAAGAUAGCUGCCGCUCGCGAGGCCGCAGCUGCUAAGGCCAUACAGCAAGCUGCUCACAACCAAGCUGCUAGACUUCAGAGUGCUGAUCUGGAAGCCCUGAAGCUGUCAGUGCUGCAGAGCUCUGGAGCAGCGGGCGCGGCGGGAGCGGCGCAGCAUGCUGCUACCGCUGCUGCAGCGGCGCUUAAGCCCGCAGGCUGGACAUGGCCUGCUAACCAAUGGGCACCAGUUAAGAUUACUUUUACCAUGUCUUGGUUAUAUUUGGUCGCUGUGCUCAUUUUUGGCCAAGUGGUUACGGCAGAAAUAGACAGGAGAAGAUUCUCUAACCCAACCUACUACAACGUUGGUGGAGUACUGUCCAGCAAUGAGUCCAUCGCAUUCUUCAAGGACACUAUAUCGAAUCUCAACUUCAAAGACCAAUAUGUACCACGUGGUGUCACUUAUCAUGAUUACUCCAUACUCAUGGAUCCAAAUCCGAUUAAGACAGCUCUCAAUGUUUGCAAGGAUCUGAUCGCACAUCGAGUGUACGCUGUUAUAGUUUCCCAUCCAUUGACCGGGGAUUUAUCACCAGCAGCGGUAUCCUACACCAGUGGAUUCUACCACAUCCCUGUCAUUGGUAUAUCCUCACGAGACUCGGCAUUCUCUGAUAAAAAUAUCCAUGUGUCGUUUUUGAGGACAGUUCCUCCUUAUUCGCAUCAAGCUGAUGUCUGGGUCGAUGUGUUGAAGCAUUUCAACUACAUGAAAGUUAUCGUAAUCCAUAGUUCCGACACCGAUGGCAGAGCUAUAUUGGGAAGGUUCCAAACAACAUCACAGAGUAUUGAUGAGGACGUAGACAGAAAAGUUGUUGUGGAAGCAGUUAUAGAAUUUGAGCCAGGCCUUGACUCAUUUGGUGACAAACUCAUAGAAGUAAGAAGUGCUCAAGCGAGGGUAUUUCUUAUGUAUGCAAGUAAAACGGAUGCAGAGAUUAUCUUCCGAGACGCUACCUACCUAAACAUGACUACAGCAGGAUAUGUGUGGAUGGUCACCGAACAGGCGUUGGAUGCUGCAAACGCACCUGAAGGACUUCUUGGUCUUCGAUUGGUCAACGCUACUAACGAACAUGCACACAUACAGGAUUCUAUAUACGUUCUAGCAUCUGCAAUCCGUGAUAUGAAUACGUCAGAAGAGAUUCAUGCUCCGCCUUCAGACUGUGAUAAUUCAGGGUCCAUUUGGACGACGGGAAGGAUUCUAUUCGAUUACACCAGAAAACAGCGACUAGAGAAUGGGGCAACUGGCCACGUAGCUUUUGAUGAUCACGGUGAUAGAGUCCACGCUGAAUAUGACAUGAUCAAUGUUAGAGCUCAAGGGGAACACGUGGCCGUCGGGAAGUAUUUUUAUUCGAAGGAAACUCAAAAAAUGCGUUUGGAGCUAAAGGAGCAAGAAAUAAUUUGGAUGGGACGAAGUCCUUCAAAACCAGAAGGAUUCAUGAUACCAACGCACUUAAAGGUACUGACCAUUGAAGAGAAGCCAUUCGUGUAUGCUCGUCGAGUAGACUAUGAGAUUGACUGUGUUGCUGAUGAAAUACCUUGCCCUCACUACAAUGCCAGUGACGAGCUAGAUCAACUGUAUUGUUGCAAGGGUUUCUGUAUGGAUUUACUGAGGCACUUGUCUAAAACGAUCAACUUUACCUACUCGCUGGCCCUCUCGCCUGAUGGCCAGUUCGGUAAUUACAUAAUUCGCAACCUCUCACAACCUGGAGCUAAGAAACAGUGGACAGGACUUAUUGGUGAACUAGUUUAUGAAAGGGCGGACAUGAUAGUUGCGCCUCUUACCAUCAAUCCCGAGAGAGCGGAGUUUAUUGAGUUUAGCAAGCCCUUCAAAUAUCAAGGCAUCACAAUUCUAGAGAAAAAGCCAUCAAGAUCAUCAACGCUUGUAUCUUUCUUGCAACCGUUUUCGAACACCCUGUGGAUACUGGUUAUGGUUUCGGUGCAUGUUGUCGCAUUGGUACUAUAUCUACUCGACCGCUUCUCGCCGUUCGGAAGAUUUAAGCUAGCCAAUAUAGAUGGGACUGAGGAAGAUGCACUGAAUCUUUCCAGCGCUAUAUGGUUUGCUUGGGGAGUGCUUUUGAACAGUGGUAUUGGCGAAGGUACACCAAGAAGCUUUUCAGCUCGUGUACUCGGUAUGGUGUGGGCUGGAUUCGCAAUGAUCAUCGUCGCUUCCUACACUGCCAACUUGGCUGCUUUCCUUGUGCUGGAGAGACCCAAGACUAAACUAACUGGAAUCAACGAUGCUAGAUUACGGAAUACAAUGGAGAACCUAACCUGCGCCACUGUAAAGGGUUCUGCUGUGGAUAUGUACUUCAGGCGACAAGUGGAAUUGUCUAAUAUGUACAGGACUAUGGAGGCUAACAACUAUGAUAAUGCUGAACAGGCUAUCCAAGACGUCAAGAAUGGGAAAUUAAUGGCAUUUAUAUGGGAUUCCUCGAGAUUGGAAUUCGAAGCAGCGCAGGAUUGCGAGUUGGUGACGGCUGGUGAACUGUUUGGUCGAUCUGGUUAUGGUGUUGGGCUUCAAAAGGGAUCACCUUGGGCUGAUCUUGUAACGCUCGCGAUAUUGGACUUUCACGAAAGUGGAAUAAUGGAAUCACUGGACAAUCAGUGGAUAUUGCGGAACAACAUGUUGAAUUGCGAGGAGAACGAAAAGACGCCAAAUACACUGGGACUUAAGAACAUGGCGGGAGUAUUUAUACUUGUGCUGGCUGGUAUUAUAGGCGGGAUAGUUCUCAUCGUCAUAGAGGUGGUAUACAAGCGUCAUCAGAUCAAGAAGCAGAAGAGGAUGGAGAUAGCUCGUCACGCCGCCGAUAGAUGGCGUGGGGCAGUCGAGAAGCGUAAGAGUAUGAGGGCAGCUAUUUUGCCAUCGCAGCGACGUGCUAAGUCAAAUGGUGUGAAAGAAGCGGGGAGCAUAAGUUUGGCAGUGGAUAGAGGAGUAAGGAGGCGGGAUGAGCCUCGCAUUCCACGGUAUAUGCCAGCGUAUACACCUGAUGUAUCACAUCUGGUUGUAUAGGUAAGAGGCAAAGACAAGGAAAAAUAGGACAACUCACAAUUUGCAUCUGCUUUCCGUUAUCUCGUCAAACGUGUAUUCCAUUAAACCACUAUAUUUAACAGUUCCUCGAUGUAUGUCGAGGAAAUGUUUUACAGAAUAGCGGCACCGUACUAUGAAUUAUGAUGCCUCUACGUCGCUAUUAGUUAUUACCUACAAUAAAAAAGACUACAAUGUGGAAAUCGCAACAGCCGUAAAAUCUAAUGCUCCUAAGAUAUUGUUUUUUUACAUGUUCGUCGCUAAUAUUGGCUGUGGUCUAUGUUUAAUUGGUUCCUUACAAAGUUGAGAUAAACCCAUGUUCAUACUGUGGAUUGAUAGAUUUUACUAAGGCCUUAAAGACGGUCUAAUUUAAAAAAGCAUUAUAAUAAUUAAUAAUAAAGUUCUUUAAAAUGAGAUAUACUAGUAUAGAGCUGUGGAGUACAAUUUUAUUAAGUAGGAAUAUUUAUUAUUAUAUCCAUUGUACAGUCUGUAUUUUUGUCGUAAAUUACACAAAGAAAUAUGACUAAAUAUAUUUUUGAGUGGGUUGUGGGCUUGUGGCUGGGAGCCUACUUAAUUUUUUCAAUUUUAUUAAUUCAAAAAUUCCUAUUACAUAAUGUUGUGGUUCAAAAAUUAUGUUCUAUUAAAAUAAUCUAAACGUAACACCAAUAAACAACGAUAGAAAAUACA